AUGUCGAAACCAGUGGGAAGACAACGCGACCCUCCCCCGGUACUCUUUCUUCAUCCUUCUCCGGGCGGAUCACGCGUUUCUCUGUCCAGCACUUCAGCUCCAGGACCAGCUCCGCCGACUUCAAGACGAGAACUCUCUACUUUGGAGCGCAGCACAUCUCUUCGUUCCGGAUCUGCUCCAACAAAUUUGCAGCGAUCCGGUAAAGCAGGGAGCACUCGGAGUACGGAUAAGACUGAUGCAUUAUGGGCGGAGAUGCAGGCUACUUUGGAGGAGGUUGAAUUGUCAGCGUCAGGUGGCACUCACGUGUUUGGACCUGGGCAUGAUCAAAAGCUUUCUGAGCUACGCUCUGCGCAAAUAGGACUCGCACAAGCCUGGGCAAGAAGCGAGACUGAUGAGUCAAUUGGUGCAUCUCCACGGGAUAAAGUCAUUCCCUCUCCUGGCGAGCAGCUUCACAAUUUGCGUGGCGUUUUCAUGGAACCGCCGAAAUCGAGUGCCUUCGAGGGAACUGAACAAGCGAAAAGUCUUAACAAGACAUCUGGUGAAGGAUUAAAGGGCAAGAAUGAAGCUUUGGGCUCUUUUGGGUCCAAGAUCAUUGAGGAAACAGAGAUGGAUAUUGUUCUUGGCCGGAAAAGAAGAGAGGCCAACGAUAAAUAUUUUCAAAGGGUUAACGAUGGUGUCAUUGACGUGGUAGCAAAAUUGGAAAACGUUACGGUGGCUAUGCGAGCAGUCGAACAGGAAAGCCAAGAUGUCUGGAAUGAGGACAAAUCUAUCGAUACACGUUACUAA